UUACUUGUUAGAAUGUGGUUUUCGCUCUUCGGUUCCGGUAACAUGGCUAAACGCACCAAGAAGGUUGGGAUCGUUGGGAAAUACGGGACCCGCUAUGGCGCCUCCCUCCGGAAGAUGGUGAAGAAGAUUGAAAUCAGCCAGCAUGCCAAGUACACUUGCUCCUUCUGUGGCAAGACCAAGAUGAAGAGACGAGCCGUUGGCAUCUGGCACUGUGGAUCCUGCAUGAAAACAGUGGCUGGUGGGGCUUGGACCUACAACACUACUUCUGCCGUCACAGUGAAGUCCGCCAUCAGAAGACUCAAGGAACUGAAGGACCAGUAGAUGCACUGCUGUUUAGACUUGCCUAGUCUGCAAUAAAUGGGUUAAUUUA